CAAAAGUAACGUGAUCAAGAAACGCGAAAGAAGGUCAAUGUCAAAAUAAAAGCCCCCAAAAAAUUUGGAAAUUCGGAGCGGUUUUCCGAAAACUUGUAAAAUAUGGGAAAUAUAAGCGAAAAAGUGGACGCAGUAUCUGCUUCGCAUCAAACGCAAAAUGAAGAACAUCCUAAAAAGCUGAAACCUUGCUGUGCCUGUCCUGAAACCAAAAGAGUUCGAGAUGCAUGUAUUAUAGAAAAAGGUGAAGAAAACUGCGGAGAUCUUAUAGAAGCUCACAAACAGUGUAUGAGGAAUGCAGGGUUCAAUAUUUAAGAUUACCAGCCAACACGUAUUUAAUUUAUAAAUAGUACCUAAUAGAUUGUUUUCUGUAAAUUAUUGUUAAUGUACGCAUCAAAUGUGAAAAAAAAUAAAUUGUAGAAAAAAA